AUGAAAACCAAAAUUUUCCUCCUAAUUUUCAUCAAAUUCUUCCCAAUUUUCGAAACCCUCGAUUUCGAUGAGAUAACUUAUCGUAAAAUCCCAGCAAUGGACUUCUCAACAAAGCUUCUGAAAUCAAUUCAAGAACAACAAAGGAAAGUGGAUGUAAAAUUUGUGAGUUGCGUUGGAAAAUGGGAUGAUGAAACAUUGUUUGAUGUUCAACAUAAAUUCAAAAACUUUGAAAAUUCAACAAUUGAUGUUGCUGCAAUUCGAUACGUUGGAGAUCAAACAGUUUUAUAUUUCGAAGUAUUUUCAGAAUCAUCAAUUCAUUAUAGAUUAGCUUUUUAUUGGGUUUUGAGGAAGAAAGAUGGUGUUCCUUCUUAUUGGGGAAUUUCACAUGUAAUGGAUAUAAGUUGUAAAAAAUGGAAAAAUCAAGUGAUGGGUUGGAAUUAUGAUUUGAAAUUGACAAUUGUUAGUGUUAUAGAGUUGUAUAAUUUUUUCGAAGAGAGACAAAAUGCGACCAAUGGAAGAGAAGUUCUAGCUAAACGAUUCGCGGAUAAUUUUGAAAUGAAGUUUUGCGAUGGCGCGAAAUUCAAAUAUUUUUUCAAAGAUUCUGAUGGGAUUGUAAAUUCAGAGGAACUGCAAUAUCAUGAUAGUGUAGAUUUUCACAGAAAUAAUGAAGAGGAUAAACUAGAAGGUAUAAGUCAAUGUUAUAUGACUAUAAAUGGUAGAAAAUUACAAAUCGAGCAUAAUGAUGAUAAAAAUCAAUUUACAAAGGGACGGGAAUAUCCAUGUGAUUAG